GGACGAAUUUAUAAAUAGAAAGACUUCAAUUUUACCAUGUUGACAUAUUAUUAAUUGGCCAAGCAUUAUUUCACCUAGGUGACGAGUUAUGAAUUCUGAUAAGAAUAUAUACAAAAAGGACCUCGACUUCACAGAGUUGGCGUCCCAAGAUGCCGAAUUUAAGAGCAUCCUAAAGCCAAACGGCCAAGUUGAUUUCAGCGACCCCAAAUCCGUCCAACAACUCACCAAGUCCCUCCUAAAACGAGACUUUGGCUUGAAGCUCGACCUCCCACCUGACAGACUAUGUCCCGCUGUCCCAAACCGCCUCAACUACCUCCUCUGGAUCCAAGACCUUCUCGACACCAGCACCCCCUCCCCGUCUCUCACCGACACUCACGAUUCCUCCCGUCCCGUCAUCGGUCUAGAUAUUGGCACAGGAGCAAGCGCCAUCUACCCCCUCCUCGGCUGCUCGCACUACCCGACCUGGCGCUUCGCCUGCACUGACACCGACCCGCACAGCCUCACCUUCGCCCGCCAAAACAUCGCCCAAAACAACCUCUCAAACCGGAUUCGGCUCCUCCAAACCGAGCCGGAUGGUCCCCUUCUCCCACUCGACGAUUUAGGACUUGACACAAUCGACUUCACCCUCACCAACCCCCCCUUCUUCACCUCUUCCUCUGACCUCCUCGCCUCCGCCACCUUGAAAUCCAGACCCCCAUCCAGCGUCUGCACGGGCGCACAGUCUGAAAUGGUAUCCCCCGGCGGUGAAACCGCGUUCGUCGCCCGCAUGAUCGCUGAGUCUGUCCCGCUGGGUCAGCGCGUAAGGUGGUUUACGGCGCAGUUGGGGAAGUUGGGGAGUGUAGCGACCGUUGUUGCGGAGUUGAAGAAAGCGGGGGUGAAGAAUUGGGCGCUGGGGGAGUUGGUCCAGGGACGGACGAAGAGGUGGGUUGUGGGAUGGAGUCGGGGGGGCUGGAGGCCUGCGGUUAGAGUGGCUAGGGGGGCGGUGGGUGUGACGGGGGCAGAUCUGCCGUUUCCUAGUGAGGCAGUAGCUGUCAAGGUUGUAGUGGAGGCCGGGGAGGUAGGGAGGAGGGUUAAUGAGGCAGUUGCGGGGUUGGGGGGGAAGUGGAAGUGGGAUGCGGAUAGUGGGGUGGGAGUAGGGUUUGUGGCGAGGAAUACGUGGUCGAGGGCUGCGAGGAGGAAGGGAGGGAGUGUAGAGGAGGAGGGGGAUGAUAUGGCGUUUGGGUUUCGGAUUUAUGUGAGGGAGGUGCCUGGGGAGGGGGAUAGGUCAGCGGAGACGGAGGUUAUGGUGAGAUGGCUGAAGGGUGAUGAUAGCGUAUUGUUUGAGAGCUUUUGCGGGAUGAUAAAGAGGAAGGUGGAGGCUCAGUAGCGUCCAUGUCGGUUUGUUGCUGAAGCAUAUCCGGAGGGGAUGUCAAUCCCAGACUUAUUCAGGGGAAUAACUAAAACUAGCAAAGUUCUUUUGGGGAAUCUGAAUUCCUGGUUUGCAGUAAGAAUAAAGGUUCCGGCCAGGCGAUAUUUAUUACGACGAUGGUUAAAUGUAGUUUCCAAGGGGCCGUGGGUUUUAUUGUUGUUGUCG